CUUGAUGGAUAUGAGCUGGUAUAACGUAGUCUAACGACCAAGUCAGAAGACAAACCGUCCCACCUUCCUUCAACCAAUCUAUUCCUGAUAGGAUUAACAGUAAGAAAUUGCAGCUAUCCGGAUUAAAUCAGGUGUAGCUGUUGUGAUUAUGGGUGUCUGUGGUGCAGGGAAAUCAACAAUAGGUGAGAUGCUGGCAAAAGUUGUAAACUGUAGCUUUCUUGAUGCUGAUGAUUUCCACCCACAAUCAAACAAAGAAAAGAUGCAGAAAGGGAUCCCUCUAUCGGAAGAAGACCGUGUUCCAUGGCUUGAAAAAUUGCGAGAUCACUUAAAUGUGUGUUUGGUCAGUCACAAAACUGUGAUUCUUGGGUGUUCUGCUUUACAAAAGCGCUAUAGAGAAAUUCUUAGAUCUGCAGACCCUAUUUAUGUACCCCAAACUUAUUUAUGUUCGGUGAAGUUUGUUUUGCUGGACGUUCAGGCUGAGGUUCUUGCUGCUCGGUUAGAGAAAAGAGCAGCAGAAGGGAAUCACUUCAUGCCUGCUAAGCUAUUGCAAUCUCAACUAGAUUUGCUUCAGAUUGAAGAAUCUGAAGGGAUAUAUAAGGUUGAUGGUACACAAAGUCCUCAGGUCAUUGUGAGCACCAUACAAGCUUUGAUUCUAUGAUCAAGAAUUAUUUACAUUCUUGGAGUGAUGAUUGUACAGGGAUUACAUAAAACUGUGUAUGGUAAUAUGGUAAUUCAGAUUAUAAAGACCUACCCAGUGCACAAAGCUUCCUCCUAUAAUGGGGUCUGGAAGAAGCAAGUACCAAGCGGUCUUGCCUCUAUUUUGAAGAGGGUCACUCCUAGACUCGAACCGAUGCUUGGCAAAUAUGAAUUUGAAAGCAUUGGUAAUGUAUCUGUUUACUGAAUCCUGAUCAUAUUUUUCAUAAAUAUAUGGCAAUAGUUU